UGAAACUUGUCAAAUCAUCCAGGAUUUAUUUUCAGUCGGUCCAUUCCUCCCCUCAAAUCGAGUCAUUUUGGGACAUAAUUUAUCCUUAAAUUGCCCAAAUUUUACGUUGCAUUUCUUAAACCAAGUCGAAUUCUUACCCCAAGUUCAAAAUUUGGAACACAAUUUUCCCCAAAUUUUCCCACCUUGUUUUUAUAAAUUUACUAAAGUGCCAUCAUGACCCUCCACCGCGUAAUUGUCUUUCUCCAAGAGUUGAACGCCAUGGCGAACCUUUUACUAACACUGGGGAUAAUUUCAUCCCUUUGGUUUGCCGUCUUGCUCUUCAUGUACUUCAAAGCGGUUCGAGUUCUGACCAGAUAUGGCGUCCGUUUGGGGGCGGAUGUCGACCCGGCCGCUGUGUGGGAGCACGUGGCCCCCACGUGCAUCCAGGUCUACUACCAGGUCUACCUCCCCUCACCCACCAACCACCAACCCAACUUCCAAAGGGACAUGGCCAUUCUACGGGAUAAGUUUGCCUUCAAGUGGAGAAACGAGUAUGAAAGGUUGCAAAUGACGAGAAUCUUUUCGGAAACGACAACGGAUACUGCAGACCACAAGGAAAAGAGGACGGUUUUGACCCAACAAUUCCAACAAGCGUCGGAUAUCCCUCAAUCUGCUUACAGUGGCGCGACUCUCCUCAAAGCUCCAGAAUGUCUGUCCUGGUCAUCUCCACGUAGUCGCAAUGCUGAUAAGCGGUCUUCUUAUCAGCACGAAAACCACAAGAACUUCAUCCCCACGCCAUCCGGGCACCAAUUCCCCUCAACGCCACUGUCCAGCAGGAGCAGCAGCAGCAAGCUCAUCCACCGAAUUACCGUCACGGGCGGACUGGACAGGCCAAAAUCACGACCACGAUGACCACCCAGCCAAGAAAUCUCGUGGGCUUCCUCCCUUUGGAAAUAGGUCACCACGCCGAAAUCAGGCGUUAAAAAUAAAUAAAAAUAUCGACGACAAUGAAUCUUUAUAACAAUUUGUCCCGUUUUUUUCUUCAUUUAAUGAAAAAUGCUUAUGCUUUAUUCAAAAUUUAUAGGAUUUUCAAUUUCAAAACAGAAAUAUUUACUUAAUUAAUUGUAAAGUUAUAUAAAUGACAAGCUCUACGUGAUACCUACGUGAUAAUUCAUUUCAUUUUUACAAUUAUGAUUAAAUUUGUAAAACUGUUGAUAAAUUAAUAUUUUUUUCAAAAACCAACCCCGUUUUAGGCUAAUUUUAUGAAAAAUAUGUAUACUUU